CAUUCAAUGAAAACAAUUAUUAUUAAUAUAUUUUGUUUUUAUUAUUAACUGUUUUUAAUCAAAAAUAGUGACCACUUCUGAUCAAUACUUAAUUGAAUCAAUAAAUUAGUUAACAAAUUGAAGACACCGUUUGAUUAUCACCGGAAUAAGUGGUCGGCCAAUGGAUUCCCGAUCGAAGUAUGCAAACCUGCCGUUUGUGGCCAUCGGAGAGAAAGAUGUCUUUGAGACGGACGAAAUGCCAGAAGUGGAUCAAUCGAUGACAACUCGUGGCGAACCAAUAUUUGACGCGUCCAUUGAUGUCAUCUCUUGUGGUACUCUUGAAGCUUUCAAGCGGUUCAACGAUGCAACUAAAAGUGAACUCCAGUUUCAAAGGGACACCAAUGAAUCAGUACUCGAAAAAUAUAAUCGUUUGAUUGAUGAGAUCAAAGAGUUGACAGACUGUGCAUCAAAAGAUACUAACGACUCGAGUAAAGAGUUGUUGACAAAAGUGGACAAACUGUCGGAACAGUUGAAUGAUUUGCAAAUAUUACGUUUUGACAAUACAAGUACUUUGAAGGAGGUGUUUGAAUCGGUGGACAAGUCGUCGACUGAUAAAUCGGAGACAACAAAAAGUGACGACAAUAGCAAAGGCGACGGACAACUGAGUUAUAAGCUUAUGAUAAGAUCGGAGAAGAGUAGUCUCAGUGAGAGUUCGCGAGUGAAUGCUUUGGAGCAAAGAAUUAAAAGAAUUGAAACACUUUUGGGUUCUAAUGAUAACAAGUUAUCACUUUUAAACAAUUAUCUUAAAGACAGAAAUCUUUCAGAUGCUGUCCAAGAACUGAGUGCUAAAGUGUCUCAAUUUGAUCAAAACUCAUUGGAAAGAGUGGACUCACGAUUACAUAUGAUUACCGAUAAGUUGUCACAAAUUGCCGAACGAAAGCAACAGUUUGAAGACUUGGAGAAGAAUUCGAAGAUCAAUGAGUUGUUUGAUAUGAUUGAGAAGACUGAGAAAAGUCGGGCAACACUUCCAACUGUUUUGCAAAGAUUGGAGUCAUUGAAUGAACUUCAAGAACAAGCGCUACAAUUUUCAUCUGCGCUCUCGUAUUUGGAUUCAUUGCAAACACAAGUUGUCGACUCAAUGAAAACCAAUGAAAAUGAAUUAAAAGUGUUGAAGGAAUCGCUUGAAAAAAAUGUUGAAUCAGUUAAACAAAUACUUUUUGAUUUUGAUAAACGUUUGAAAGCAUUAAAUUAAUUUUUAUAAUU